AUGCCAGGAGUACGGCUGAGCAAUCUACUGGGCGACCCGUUCGCUCUCGCGACGAGCUCCAUCGCAACGCUCGGAUGGGUGAUUGCAUUUGUUGCAUCUAUCGCCGCGGACGUACAGGGGAGCUACCCCAGUUUUCAAUGGUGGGCCAUUGCCUAUACGUUCUGCUGUAAUAUCGGAGUGAUCACCGUCUUCAUCACCGACUCAGGUCUCACUUAUGGCGUAGCAGUUGUGGGAUAUCUGGCCGCCGAUCUGGUCAUGAACUCAAUCUCGGCCAAUUCCAUGUUUAACCCUUCGCAAUCCGGCUCUAGGUCCUCAAAUGAUGAUGGUCUUGCCGCAAAGCAAGCCGCAGGUGCCGGAUUUAUCCUUCUGUGCAUGAUCAACAUUGUGUGGAUCUUCUACUUUGGAUCGACUCCCCAGGCUAAGCACCGUGGAUUUAUCGACUCUUUCGCCCUUAACAAGGAGCACCAUGGCUCUUAUGGAAACAACCGCCCAAUGUCGUCGGCUUUUGGUGCACGACCCGAGACGACGUCGAGCCGCCCCCAGAUGUACACCUCUGCGCAAUUGAACGGUUUCGAGACCUCGUCACCUGUCUCAGGAUACCACGGCGGUGCUCCUGGUGAGACGCGCAGCCCAUCACAGGCACGCUUCACCAGCAUGCCUGGAGGCAACACCAACCCUGAGACGGGGACAGAAAUCCCCCCACCAACUGAGUACCCAUACAAGGCCAAGGCCAUCUACAAGUACGACGCGAACCCCGAGGACGCCAAUGAGAUCGGCUUCGACAAGGGCGAGGAGCUAGAAGUAUCAGAUGUCAGCGGCCGAUGGUGGCAGGCUAGGAAAGCUAACGGAGAGACGGGAAUUGCUCCAUCAAACUACCUGAUUCUGCUAUGA